CCUGGGGAUUGUCUUGAUAUAUAUGACGAUGUUGCGUCCACCUAGCACGUUCGCAUCCAAUUCUUGCCGACCUUUGUUGACCCUUAUCGAGGUUGUUCCUUUCAUCGGCACACGCAUGUCCCGCUCACUGCUAAUAGGCACAGUCCCUAACCGAGACUUUCGACUUGGUGUAUACCGUACGCUGAGAAACCCGACGCACUGCUCUUGUUCCUGCCAGCUGGAAUGGUUUACUGCUUUUGCGCUUUGCGCGUGCACUUCCCUCCCGCCACCAAAGGGCCACAAAAAUGCUACCUGCAACACACAAAAUACACCACGGGACCAAGAAAAAUAAAGGAAUACAGGGCUGCCGCCGGACCGGUCUGACGUCGCCGGAGAACACCGGCGCUGCAGAGACACAGCGGGCUGUGAAAGAAGAAGAAAAGAAGAAAGAGGAGAAAAGAAGAACAUGGGAGGGGGUUGGGCUGCAACCGGACUAAACAGAAGACGCCGGCGCGGGGACAAGUCACCGGAAAAAAUGGCUGCUUCUAGGGUUAAGAGGGAGGAGAAGAAGAAAAGGUGGGAAAAAAAACGAAAAGAGAGGGAGGAGAGAGAGAGAGGAGAGAGAGGGGGGAGGGUCGGGGUCACUUACCUGGUCGCCGUUGCCGGAGGGUUCGCCGGCAACAGUAACGGUCUGACGUACGUUUUUAAACGUUAAAAUUCGAUUUCGAGGAAAAUACUUUUCAACACCAAAAGAAAAUGAAAACACUUUUCAACAGCGAUAAGUGAAUCAAUUUGUGACCCAGUAACAAUUGAUGAACAACAAUUUGGUGCUCCAUUUUUAUGUACUGCCCCCUUAAAGUUCAAAUUUGCAAAUUACAACAAUGUCAAUUACACAAAGACUGGGAAAACUUCACUUAAGUUCAGGCUAAUUAACCAGCGUGGGGAUUUCUCAUUUGCCUUCUUCUCUGGUGGUUUGUCUAAUGCAAGUGUUUUUCCAUAUUUUGCAAAUUAUAUAUAUAUUUUCUUUGCUGAUACUGAUUUUUGUUUCUCGAGCCGAGGGUGUAUCGGAAACAGUCUCUCCACUUUCUUGGUAGGGCAAUGAAACUCAAACUGGUGUUGUCUAAAUUAAUCACUUCAGCAGUUCAGCUUCUCCAAGUUAGGCCUAAGUUGAUAGCCAUCUCAAAUCACAUCGCGUUUGCCAAUCCAAAAGCGCCUCUUUAUCCGCGUCUUGCUCUUGGGAAGUCAUGGGAUAUAAUGACCCUUACAUGGACAAGUGGUUACAACAUAGACGAGGCUGUUCCAUUCGUCGAAUGGGGUUGGAAGGGCCAAGCUCAACAACGCUCCCCAGCAGGGACACUGACAUUUCAUCGGAACAGCAUGUGUGGAACGCCUGCUAGAAGUGUGGGAUGGCGUGAUCCUGGAUUCAUACAUACUAGUUUCCUGAAAGAUUUGUGGCCAAACAUGGUGUACACAUACAAGUUGGCUCACUUGUUAAACAAUGGUUCGAUUGUUUGGAGCAAGGAAUAUUCAUUUAAAUCUCCUCCAUUUCCAGGACAAGAGUCACUGCAACGUGUUGUGAUAUUUGGAGAUAUGGGGAAGCAAGAGCGCGAUGGUUCAAAUGAAUAUGCUAAUUAUCAGCCCGGCUCACUUAUGACAACAGACACCCUUAUUAAGGACCUUGAUAACAUUGAUAUAGUUUUCCUUAUUGGAGAUCUCCCCUAUGCAAAUGGCUAUAUCUCACAAUGGGACCAAUUUACAGCCCAGGUGGAACCAAUAACGUCGAAAGUACCUUUCAUGAUUGCAAGUGGUAAUCAUGAAAGAACUUGGGAGAACAGCGGAUCAUUAUACACUGGUCUGGACUCAGGUGGAGAAUGUGGUGUACCAGCCGAAACAUUAUACUACGUUCCAGCAGAAAACAGAGCUAAGUUCUGGUAUGCAGCCGAUUAUGGCAUGUUCCACUUCUGCAUAGGAGACACUGAACAUGACUGGAGAGAGGGAUCUGAACAAUACAAGUUCAUUGAGGAAUGCUUUGCAUCAGCGAAUAGACACAAACAACCGUGGUUGAUUUUCUCCGCUCAUCGUGUUCUUGGUUACUCUUCCAAUGAUUGGUAUGCUAAGGAAGGCUCAUUUGAAGAGCCUAUGGGCAGGGAGCACUUACAAAAACUCUGGCAAAAAUAUAAGGUUGAUAUGGCAUUCUUUGGACAUGUCCAUAACUAUGAAAGAGUUUGCCCAAUUUACCAGAAUCAAUGUGUGAACAAGGAGACGUCACACUACUCAGGCGUAGUGAACGGAACAAUUCAUGUUGUUGUUGGUGGAGGAGGAAGCCAUUUGAAUCAAUUCACCACCAUCAACACCACAUGGAGUGUGUUCAAAGAUUAUGACUAUGGAUUUGUCAAACUUACAGCAUUUAACCAGUCUUCCCUUCUCUUUGAGUACAAGAAGAGCAGAGAUGGUAAAGUGUAUGAUUCUUUUACAAUCUCAAGAGAUUAUAAAGAUGUCUUAGCUUGUGUGCAUGAUGGUUGUGAACCAACUACUUUGGCUAGUUAAACUACUGUAUCUACAAGUGUAUGUAGCAAGGAAUAAGUAACCUUUAAGUUUUUUUUUUUUUAACCAUUUAGUAUGUGAAGCCCGUUGACCUGGCUAAUUCGAAUUUGCGUCGGGUAGGUCCGCUGAAGAGGUGAAAGAGUACCUUUAAGUUGGUUCUAGAGAUAUUACUGUAGUAUCUAAAUCUCUCCUUUUUUUUUGUUAUGUUUUUUGUCUUUCAUAUUGCCUCCUGUUAAUUGGAUGUAAUUAUGUAAAUAACCAGCUUUUCUUAAUUUCGGAACAAUAUAUCGUCAAACCUCUCUAUGA